AUGGCCUCCUACGUUUUCGCCCUCGUCGUGCUCGUCCUCGCAUCCACCCAGGCCUUCGCCACCGACCCCAGUCAGCUGCAGGACUUUUGUGUCGCAGACAACACCACCAACGGUACGUGCCGUGUAGUCCUCUCGAUCGACGCGCGGUUUUAUCCUUACUGUGUCCUUCUCAUAAUCUGGGUUGGUUACAGUGUUCCUAAAUGGUGUGGUCUGCAAGAACCCGGCCCUUGUCAAGGCCGACGACUUCUUCUUCUCUGGCCUCGACAAGCCCGGUAACACGAAGAACGCUCUGGGAUCCAAGGUCACCGCCGUCAACGUCAACAACCUCUUCGGGCUUAACACCCUCGGCAUCUCGCUUGCCCGAGUAGACUUUGCCCCCUAUGGGCUCAACCCUCCACACACACACCCGAGGGCCACGGAGGUGCUCACACUGCUCCAGGGAAGGCUCUACGUCGGCUUCGUCACCUCCAACCCCCCCAAGCUCUUCACCAAGACUCUCAACAAGGGCGACGUCUUCGUCUUCCCCCAGGGCCUCAUCCACUUCCAGCUCAACAUAGGCCGCGAGAAUGCGGUAGCCAUCGCCGCCCUGAGCAGCCAGAACCCCGGCGUGAUCACCGUCGCCAACACCGUCUUCGGGUCCAAUCCUGCCAUCAACGACGACGUGCUCGCCAAAGCUUUCCAGGUCGACAAGAAGGUCGUGGACCACCUCCAAUCGCUGUUCUGGACGGAAAACCACUGA